AUGGCAGAUGAACAUGACCUCAAGCGCCACGGAGACCCAUCGGGUCAAGAAUUUGAGAUUGGUCAGAUACUAUCGAUGCAAUUUACACCAGAGGAGGAAAAGAAGGUAUUGCGGAAACUGGACCUGAUAUUGAUCCCAUUGAUGGGGACUGCAUACUUUCUGCAGUUUCUGGAUAAGUUGGCUCUGAGCCAGGCGACAUUGUUUAAUCUCCGUCAGGACCUGAACCUCCAUGGCUCUCAAUAUUCGUGGACAUCGGCAGUCUUUUACUUUGGAUACUUUUUUUGGAGUUGGCCAAGUUCUUACGUGAUUGUUCGAAUGCCUAUUGGGAAAUAUUUGUCUCUUGCUGUAUUUCUUUGGGGUGGGGUUUUGAUGUGUCAUGCUGCAUGCACCAGUUUUGCUGGGCUGAUGGUUGCUCGAUUCUUCCUUGGCGUGGGUGAAGCUGCCGUCGCGCCGGGAUUCACAUUGCUCACCGGCAUGUUCUAUACUCGGGCGGAACAGCCAGUGCGUCAAUCCGCCUGGUUCUUUGGCAACUGCAUUGCGGUUCUUAUUGGCCCAUUGAUUGCCUAUGGAAUAGGUCAUAUAAAUGCAUCUAUUGCGCACUGGAAGCUCAUGUUUUUGAUUCUGGGCGCCAUCACCUCGGCUUAUGGUGUCAUUCUUUCCUUCCUGCUCCCCGACUCUCCGAUAAAAGCUGUUUUUCUGAGCCCAAAUGAACGAGCAAUUGCGGUUCAGCGAACGCUGAAGAACAAGACUGGUAUUCUUGACAAUGGGGAAUUCAAGUGGUCGCAAGCACGAGAUGCGUUCACAGAUCCCCAGGUCUGGUUGCUGGUCUUAAACUCCUUCACAUCAAACUUGUGUAAUGGUGGAAUCACCACGUUCACAUCAAUUAUCACUGCGGGAUUCGGUUUCACGGACCUCAUGGCUCUCCUCAUGCAAAUGCCUCAAGGCGCAGCUGAAAUUGUGUUUCUCAUCAUCACAUCCCUAGCUUGCACAUUCAUUCCCUCCGCCCGGAUUAUCGUCAUGAUCCUCAAUACAAUCGUCUCAGUGAUUGGCUUGAUUUUGAUUUGGAAGCUUGACCCAUCAGAACAGGUCGGACGGAUGGUCGGCUUGACUCUAGCCGUCGUUUACGCCAUCAACCUUCCCAUUUCAUUCAGCGUGAUUACAUCUAAUAUCGCAGGAUUCUCGAAGAAGAGUGUCUCUAGUGGUCUUUUGUUUAUCGCGUAUUGCGUGGGCAACAUGGUCGGACCCCAAUUCUUCCUCGCUUCAGAAGAACCUUCCUACCCAACUGGUAUCAAAGCAGCUAUGUCAGGUUUGGUUUUGAGUAUAUUUUUCCUUAUCAUUCUCUAUGUUUAUUACACUUGGGAAAACCGUCGCCGUGAUAGGGUAUAUGGUUCUCCUGGCCAAAUGACAGUAGGAGCAGAAUUGCAAGAUGAGUUGUCGAGUAAGACGGACAGGGAGAUUGAGAGCUUCCGAUACUUGCUCUGA